AUGGCCAAAACUAAGCAACAAAAAUAUCAACACGUUUUUACUUUGGACAAUUUCAGAAAAAAUGCUAGUGGUAAUGUUAAUGUUGUACCACCUGACCCUAACAACGUUUUGUCCUUUGGUAAUAAGAAGAGCGACGAAGAGAUCGUUUACAGUUCAAAAUUUAAUCUCGACGUCGAAGAAUUAUUGAAUAACUCUACCAGAACCCGUCUUGCGUUGAGAAACAAUAAAGAGGGCGCCAUAAAAAAAGUUCCACGUCGUCAAAACCCAUGGAUUCUUUAUCGUAGAGAUAAAAGUGCGGAUCCCCGCUUUGUCGGCAUGAAAUCUUCCAUGAUUUCGCAAAUUGUUGGCAAAUGGUGGAAUGAAGAAUCAGAGGACGUGAAGGAAAGUUAUGCUGCUCUCGCUAGAAUGGCUGAAGCAAGGCAUAUGGCAAAACAUAAAGAUUUUGCCAUUUUGAAUAAAGGAAUUUCUCAAGAUUUGUUCGCUGUGUCAAAUACGGAUUCCACCUCUUCCUCCUUUAACUCGUCCCAAAUUUCUGAAGAUCAAGAUAUGAUGGACGUGAUAGAUUUUGAUUCAUCCGAAUUUGAAGGAUAUAAUAUUUUGGAUAAUGAGUCCACUUCCACCUCCUCGGUCUCCAGUUCUCCGCAACAACUUAAUUAUUGUCUUCAUCUGUUUAACAGCUUGGAGUCACCGCAUAAUUCCGAAUUAGGAGAAAUUUUCAUUCCGUAUAAUAACGUUUCUCAAGAUAUGACCGACAUCGCUCUUAACUUCCCAACAUUAGACUCUAUUCAACCUACCAAUACAACACCAUCUCCGCCACCCCCUGAAGAAUUUCAACAAUUUUCAACGUUGGAUCAACCUUUUGAAAUGCCUCCAAAUUUCAUGGAAAACGUUUUUCUCGGGUCUAACUUUAACGAAAAAGUUAUAUUCGACGACUCGGAAAUUAUGAUGCCACCACAAUUCUCAGACAUGCCAUUAGAUUAUUAUGGAUUUAUUUCCGAAGAUAAUUUUCUCGAAUUAUUUAAAGGUUCUGGAUCUCUACAGUAG